AACACCAUCAAUUUUUGUGCUCUCGACUGUUGAGAAGUCGGCAGCGUACGAAAAUCAUAACCAAAAGCUUCCCACUCACACUUUCACGGAGAACACAGCUAGCAACGGAAAAGGAGAAACAGAUUAGAAGUUAUGCACAACUCUAGGGUUAGGGGACUGUGACGAGAAUUUUGAACCAGGGAAAAACUCAUUCUUGGAAUGGACAGGAACGGAAAUGGAGAUGAAGAGAACUCGCAGAGAGCUUCUAUGAGACCUAGGUCAAGAGUGGACCCUUUCUUGAUCGUCUGCAAAUGCUUCAGCGUCGUGGUUUCCUUAACGGCAAUUCUCUGCAUUGCCGUCAAUGUUUACUCUGCCGUGGUAUCUUUCAAGAAUGGAUCCGAUGUUUUCGAUGGGAUUUUCCGUUGCUAUGCUGUUGCUAUUGCGUUUUUUGUCGUUCUCGCAGAAACCGAAUGGGGGUUCAUCUUCAAGUUCUGGAGAAUGUUGGAGUAUUGGGCUGGUAGGGGCAUGCUGCAGAUCUUCGUAGCUGUCAUGACAAGAGCUUUCCCUGAUACUAGUGGAAAGCAGAAUUAUCUGGUGCUGCUUCAAAAUAUAGCAAGCUAUCUGCUUCUUGCAUGUGGUGCAAUCUAUGUUAUUUCGGGUAUCCUUUGCAUCGGCUUUCUUAAACGUGCUCGCCAGAACAAAGAAAUUACAAGGGAGCAAGCUGCGAAAGAUCUGGAGGAAUUGGAGCAGCGAAGGGAGGAGCUUGAAGCAUUAUUGCUACUCCAAGAAAGGGCUUGAGACAACUUAUAUGCUAGAGGAAGCCAAGGAGUACUGUGGACCCUGCUGUUUGAGUACCAUUGUUGUAUGAUUGCUGAUGUUUCUUUUUACUGAUUCUCAUAAACUCAAAUUUGUACUUUUGGAGAAUUUGAAACCUUGUAGGAGCCUCUCCUUUUGCAAGUUUGAGUAGGUACUCACUUGUAACUACAAAAUAGUAAAUAUGUAGCCAUUUAAUUGAUUUGAGAUGUCUGUACAAAACGGGAGUAACUAUUAAAUGUAUGUAUGUAUGAAAUUCCGAGAA